AAUUGUUAGUUAUAUUUUUUUGGGUUAAAAAUCCAGCGACAAGUUGCCCCUUGGUAUUGAUCCCGUCGCAUUCUCUCAAGAUUGGUGAGUGUCUAGAGAGAGAUUUGUUUAGAUGUUGUGGGGUAGAGACUGUUUUGUUGGUUAUAAGGUAAUGAUAUUUCUUGCUUUCUCUAUUGACUCAUCAUUGUACGCCUGAUAUUGGACGGUAAGAAAUAUUAUCCCUUGUUGAAAUAAAGAGUAAUGAAAUCCCUACGAGAUUAUUGGCCAGAACCUAUAGUCCGUGUUCAAUCUUUAUCCGAUAGUGGUAUCUCUACAAUUCCAACCAAAUAUGUGAAGCCUCCAAAUGAGAGACCAUCAUUAAGUAAGAUUAAUGAUGUUAACAUCCCAACCAUUGAUCUUGAAGGAAACAAUAAUUAUGAAGAAAUUUCAGAAGCUUGUCGCGAUUGGGGAUUUUUUCAGGUUGUGAAUCAUGGUCUUCCUCCAGAGCUCAUGGAGGAAGCGCAACAAGUUUGGAGAGAAUUCUUUCAUCAGCCUAUGGAUGUUAAGCAAAGUUAUGCCAAUACGCCCAAGACUUACGAAGGAUAUGGAAGCCGCCUUGGAGUUGAGAAAGGUGCUAUUCUUGAUUGGAGUGAUUAUUAUUUUCUUCACUAUCUUCCCGGCUACUUGAAGGACCAUAACAAAUGGCCUGCCCUCCCUCUUUCUCUCAGACGACUCUGUAAAAUAUUCAGGAAAGUGAUGGAAGAAUAUUCAAAACAAGUGGUGAAAUUUUGCGGACGUUUAAUGAAGAUAUUAUCAGUAAAUCUUGGAUUAAAAGAGGAUGUAUUGCACAAUGCAUUUGGAGGAGACGAUAUAGGAGCAUGUUUAAGGGUGAACUUUUAUCCAAAAUGUCCACAACCAGAUAUGACCUUAGGCCUUGCCCCACAUUCGGAUCCUGGUGGCAUGACCAUUCUCCUCCCAGACCAGCAUGUCGCCGGCCUUCAGGUCCGCCGCAACGGUGAUUGGAUCACCGUAAAGCCAGCUUCACAUGCUUUCAUCGUCAAUAUAGGCGAUCAGAUUCAGAUAUUAAGCAAUGCGAUAUACAAGAGCGUUGAGCAUCGAGUGAUAGUGAAUUCUGCGGAAGAGCGCAUCUCCCUGGCGUUUUUCUACAAUCCAAAAAGUGAUUUGAUGAUAGAACCAGUAAGAGAGCUGCUCACCACACACAAUAUUUCUCCUUUGUAUCCACCAAGGACCUUUGAUCAGUAUAGACUAUACAUAAGGACUAAAGGUCCUCAGGGAAAAUCACAAUUAGGGGAAUCAAACAAAUUAAAUCCCCAACCUGAGAAAUUAAAUUGAUCUCUUUUCAUUCUUUCUUUUUUUUGUAAUAAUUAUAAUAAUAAUAAUAUUGUCAGACUAGCUUGUAUGAAUUUC